AUGACUCCAACCAGCCAAACUCCCACUCAACACGAGUUCGCGCUCAUCGAGCCGCGCACACCUCCUAGGACUCUUGCGCACCAGUCUGGAGCCAGAGAUGCUCGAAUCAAAACGGCGUGUGCGGAAUGCAAGCGACGGAAAACCAAGUGCGACGGCACACACCCAUGCUAUUCUUGUCGAUGGUAUAAGCAGCCUGAGAGAUGUAUCUACACCUUCUCUCGACCUGCGCUUGUUCUCAGUCGAAAGAAUUUCGAGUCCGUCCGCCAACGCUUGGAGGCCACGACCGACAUUUUAGCAAAGCUGUUUCCUUCUCCGUCCAUCGACGCUCUCAGUGGUCUAUCUCGCGAAGAACUACUCCACCGAAUAGCCGUUUCGCUUGAGACGACGACAUUCCAGGAGACACCCAAUCGAGGCAGCCUUGCCAUAAAUAGCCUGAUACCUGUCGAGGCUAGUUCGGAAGACGACCAUGGAGACCUAAUAGACCAAGAUGACACAACUACCAGUGCAGGUCUAGAACCACAGCAACAGGACGAUGCUCCCUCCGAAGCAGGUGACGACGUGAAUGCCCUCUCGGCAACAUCCGUUCAGCCAUCGUCCUACGUUGGCCCAUCUUCGACAAUGCAAAUGUUCCGCACGAUACUCAGAAUCGCUCCUGAGUCGGUGGGCCAGCAACAGCCUACCCAAAGCCCGGCAACCAGUCAACGAAGCGCGUCUUAUCGUUCUCCCGAGUCCAGUCAUAAGAAUCUGCCAUCCCUGCAAAUGACUGAGAGACUUGGAGCUUUGAUCGAUGCCUAUUUUCGUUGGAUCGACCCCGCCACUCCUAUUCUUGACCAGGCUGAGUUUAGAAAGACCGCCUCUGCUGGGACUCGGAAUGACCCUCCAUGGCUUUGUCUUUUCAACAUUGUGCUGGCAUUGGGCUCCAUUGGUAGCACGAGAACCGACUCUAGAGAACACCUCAACUAUUAUCAUGCUGCAAAAUCCCAUUUGGACAUAGAAGGGCUCGGAAACAAGAGUCUCGAAACACUGCAGGCUCUAAUUCUCAUGGCUGGCUGGUAUAAUCAUUACCGCAAUCGACCGAAUCUGGCAUCUGCACUUCUUGGAGCAGCGUUUCGCAUGGCGUAUGCCUUAGGGCUUCACAAAGAGCAGCCCAACAGCAAUCAAUCCGUGGAGCAUCAACAACUGAGGCGGAAGAUCUGGUGGAACCUCGUCGUCUUGGAUGCGGCUGAGGCUGUAACCUUGGGUCGUACACUGGAUACCAAAAUAUUUGACAGCGAGGUCAAAUAUCCCCAACAGACCGGGCCAGAUCAGAUGAAUGAUGGCGUGGAAGGCCCUUCUCCUUCCUCCGCGUUGGUCAUUACUAUCGGGUUCUCGCGUAUCAUGACAGAGAUCCAAAGCCGGUUGAUGACAUCAAGCACAGUGCCCUUUGCCGAAUUACUCAGCCUCGACGCACACCUUGUCGAUUGGUAUGAAGCCUUACCGUCCUACUUUCACAAACUGGCGUCACUGGGCAGCUCUGCUUUUUCAGAUUCGACCGAUUCAAGACGUUUUGUGCAACCAUUUUUGACUAUCAGGUGGCGGUAUCUCAAUCUCAGGAUGCUGUUAUAUCGACCAAGUCUCAUGGAGGCCGUCCUCCACAGAAUCCCGUUUGGCGGGCUUACAUCUGAUCAGCGAUUGUGCGUACGAAAAUGUCUAACCCUGUCCGGAGAGACCAUUGAUUCGGUGAGAUCAAGGUCUUCAGAGCUGCCGAAUCAAUACAUUGCGUGGCCGUCGACGUGGUAUUUGUUGCAAAUCUGUAUGGUUCCACUUCUCAGUUUGUACGUGUUUCGCGAGGAUGUCAACGACCAAGAUUCACAGGCCGACCCUGCUCACCAUUUAGGGUUCAGACAUCCAGGCAGCGUCAAGGACCAAGUCCGGCAAAUUCGAGAUGAAUGUCACAGGCAAGUUCAAACAACGCUGCGUUUGGUCCAGGAAAUGGAACCGUGGGCUGUGGCAUCGGGCAAGAUGCACGACUUGAUCACGCAUCUGUACGAAGCAAGAGACCAACACUUGCGCGUCUGGAACAACAACGACGAGAGUCCUAUGAUCGUGCUGGGAUCUCCAGAAAAUUCAUCAAUGCAAUCAUCGGACGCGGCGAAUGCAAGGGCGCUACAAGCUGAUCGUGCAAACAUGAACCUUAGCGCAAAUCCAAGAGCUGUCAAUCCUUUGCAGGCCGAAAGUUUGGUAAUUCCGUCAAGUGGUCUAAAUCCACCCAUCAGCAUGACCCAGUACAGCAUUGGAGUACACAAUAACAAUGCUUCUAUCAACCAAUCUGAGCAAUUUACCAGAGACUUUUCCAUAUACAACAGCUUCGCAUGGCCGAAUGCGACAUUGGAAAGCCUUUUCGACUUGCCCGAUGACUUUCAGUACAUGAACCAAGGGAUGUUUGGCUUGGGAUGA